AUGGGUCCGAAGAAGGGAAAGAAGGGCAGUCCGCGGCAUCGAACCGGGCCCCCACCGCCCGGCCCGUCUUCACUUUUCAUUUUUGCCGAGGACAAUUUCAUUAGAAGAGCAACCAAGUUUAUCAUCGAAUGGCCGCCCUUCGAGUAUGCCGUACUGUUGACAAUCAUCGCGAACUGUGUCGUGCUGGCGCUGGAAGAGCAUCUUCCGCAGGGCGACAAAACCGUGCUGGCCCAGAAGCUGGAGCUCACCGAGAGUUACUUUCUUUGCAUCUUCACGAUAGAGGCCGCCCUCAAGAUUGUCGCGCUGGGCCUGGUGCUGCAUGCCGAUUCCUACCUGCGCAACAUCUGGAACAUGAUGGAUUUUUUCGUAGUGUUCACGGGGCUCGUCACGUUGCUCCCUCUUCCGCUCGAUGUAGAUCUCAGAACGUUAAGGUCGAUUCGUGUGUUGCGACCGUUGAAAUUAGUUUCUGGAGUUCCUAGUUUACAAGUUGUGUUGAAGUCCAUCAUCAAAGCUAUGGCGCCGUUGCUACAGAUCGGACUUUUAGUCUUGUUUGCAAUCGUUAUAUUUGCAAUUAUAGGGUUAGAAUUUUACUCGGGUGCUCUGCACAAAAGUUGUUAUAGCUUAGAAAAUGCCUUGGAAAUUGUUGAAGAAGGUGAUAUGGCGACGCCUUGUUACGACGACGACGAUACGAUGAACGUCGAACUGCCAGCCGGAGUGCACCUAUGCAAUCAUAAUGAGAGUGCGUGUAUCGAGCAAUGGGAUGGUCCUAACUAUGGCAUAACGAACUUUGACAACAUCGGCUUCGCCAUGUUGACGGUGUUUCAGUGCAUCACGAUGGAGGGCUGGACCUCAACUAUGUAUUGGACCAAUGAUGCAUUAGGCUCAACAUUCAAUUGGGUGUAUUUCGUGCCUUUGAUUAUUAUCGGUUCGUUUUUCAUGCUCAACUUGGUUCUCGGUGUCCUCAGUGGUGAGUUUGCCCGUGAGAGAGAAAAGGUAGAGAAUCGGCAGGAGUUCCUGAAGCUUCGUCGGCAGCAACAGCUGGAAAAGGAGUUGAAUGGUUUCGUCGAAUGGAUCUGCAAGGCGGAGGAAAUCAUUCUGGCCGAGGAUCGUACCACGGACGAAGAACGAAUGUACAUAAUGGAAGCUCGCAAGAAGGCGGCCGCGAAGCGGAAAAAGCUGAAAACCCUGGGUAAAUCGAAAUCUUCCGAAACGGAUGACGAGGAAGCCACUACCGAGUCCGGCGACGAAGGUAUCCUAAAGAAGGAGAAGAAACCAGCCAAAUCCGGCUUCUGGCGGGCGGAGAAGCGCUUCCGGUAUUGCAUUAGGCAUACGGUGAAAACGCAAUGGUUCUACUGGUUCGUGAUAGUGCUGGUGUUUCUGAACACCAUUUGCGUGGCCGUCGAACACUACGGGCAACCGCCCUGGUUGUCGGACUUUUUAUACUACGCCGAAUUUGUGUUCCUAGGCUUAUUCAUGUGCGAGAUGUUGAUCAAGAUCUACGCGCUCGGACCACGCAUCUACUUCGAGUCGGCCUUCAACCGGUUUGAUUGCAUCGUUAUCGCUGGUUCAAUCUUCGAGGUGGUUUGGUCCGCCUACAAAGAGGGUUCCUUCGGUAUUUCCGUACUGCGAGCCCUCCGGUUGCUGCGUAUCUUCAAGGUCACCAAGUACUGGUCCUCGCUACGUAACUUGGUUAUCUCUUUGCUCAGUUCUAUGCGUUCGAUUAUCUCGUUGCUGUUUUUGCUCUUUCUGUUCAUACUGAUAUUCGCGCUGCUCGGAAUGCAGCUGUUCGGAGGGCAGUUCAUCCUGCCGGAAGGCACACCACCGACUAACUUUAACACGUUCACCAUCGCACUACUCACUGUGUUCCAGAUCCUCACCGGUGAGGAUUGGAACGAGGUCAUGUAUCUCGGCAUUAACUCACAAGGCGGACACAAAAGUGGGAUGAUUUACUCCCUCUACUUUAUCAUCUUGACACUGUUCGGUAACUACACACUGCUAAACGUAUUCUUGGCUAUCGCUGUCGACAAUUUGGCGAAUGCACAAGAACUAACCGCAGCAGAAGAGCAGCAGCAGGAACGAGACAAGGAGAAACAGCAAAUGGAACUGGAGAAGGAGAUGGAAGCACUGCAAAAAGCUAAAGACGGUACACCUACGACGGAAGAGUUGGAAGCGGAAAAGGAAAAGGAAGCUAAAAAGGACGAAAAGAAGGAAGAGGAAGAAGAGGAACAGCAGGAAGGUCCCAAACCCAUGCUGCCGUACUCUUGUAUGUUUGUCUUUUCAUCGACUAACCCAAUGCGCCGCGCGGCUCAUUGGGUGGUCAAUCUGCGGUACUUCGAUUUCUUCAUCAUGAUCGUUAUUUCGCUAUCAUCGAUAGCACUAGCCGCCGAGGAUCCAGUUCAAGAGGAUGCCCCACGGAACCUGGUGCUGAACAAUGUGGAUUACGCAUUUACCUGCGUUUUUGCGAUCGAGUUGCUGCUGAAAGUGAUCGAUUUGGGCGUAAUUCUGCAUCCGGGUAGCUAUCUGCGAGAAAUAUGGAACAUCAUGGAUGCCGUGGUCGUCGGCUGUGCGGUCGUUAGUAUUGGCUUCGAUAUCAGCGGCAGUGAUGCCGGUGCGGAUCUGUCUACCAUUAAGUCGCUUCGGGUACUGCGCGUCCUGCGGCCACUGAAAACCAUCAAGCGUGUGCCGAAGCUAAAGGCGGUGUUUGAUUGCGUCGUCGGUUCGCUCAAAAACGUUAUCAAUAUCCUGAUCGUGUACAUACUGUUCCAGUUUAUUUUUGCCGUCAUCGCGGUGCAACUAUUCAACGGGAAGUUUUUCUACUGUACGGAUGAUAGUAAACAUAACAGCGAAGAAUGCCAAGGGUCAUACUUCGUGUUCGACGAAGUGGACGGACUGCCACGUGCUGCCAAACGGGAGUGGAGAACUCAGUACUUUAACUACGACAAUGUAGCAACCGCCAUGCUGACGUUGUUUGCUGUGCAGACCGGUGAAGGAUGGCCACAAGUACUUCAAAAUUCAAUGGCAGCUACCUACGAAGACCAGGGACCAAUCCAAAACUUUCGCAUCGAAAUGUCCAUAUUUUACAUUGUUUACUUCGUAGUGUUUCCAUUCUUCUUCGUGAACAUUUUCGUUGCCUUGAUUAUCAUCACUUUCCAAGAGCAGGGAGAAGCGGAACUGCAGGAUGGUGAGAUCGAUAAAAACCAGAAAUCCUGUAUUGACUUUACGAUUGGAGCGAGACCGCUGGAGCGCUACAUACCGACCAAACAUUCUGGAUUCAAGUACACCGUUUGGCGAAUUAUCGUUUCAGCACCGUUCGAAUAUUUCAUUAUGACAUUGAUUGUAUUCAACACACUGCUGCUGAUGAUGAAAUGCCAUGACCAAAAUAAAAAGCUUGAAAAUUUCAUGAAGUACCUCAACAUGAUAUUCACAGGAAUGUUUAGUGUGGAAACAGUUCUAAAAAUAAUUGGUUUCGGAGCAAGGAACUUUUUCAAAGACGCCUGGAACGUAUUCGACUUGAUCACCGUUAUCGGUAGUAUAGUGGAUGCUCUAAUUUUGCUCCUUUGGGAAAAUUCUUUCAACGUUGGCUUCCUGCGGCUGUUCCGAGCUGCCCGUUUGAUCAAACUGCUCCGUCAAGGUGACACUAUACGAAUUCUGCUGUGGACUUUCGUUCAAUCCUUCAAAGCACUGCCGUACGUCUGCUUGCUGAUUGCAAUGCUUUUCUUCAUCUAUGCAAUCAUUGGAAUGCAGGUUUUCGGAAAUAUAGAAUUAGAUCCGGACACUGCCAUCAGUCGUCAUAACAAUUUUAGAUCGUUUUUGGACGGUCUGAUGUUAUUGUUUAGAUGUGCAACGGGAGAAUCCUGGCCAAACAUUAUGUUAGCAUGUCUCAAAGGACGACCUUGCGACCCGCGCGCCAACAAGCCAAAUGAAACCUGCGGAUCGACGCUUGCCUACGGAUACUUUGUAUCCUUCAUUUUUUUCUGUUCGUUUUUGAUGUUGAAUUUGUUCGUUGCUGUCAUUAUGGACAACUUUGACUACCUAACCAGGGAUUCCAGUAUUCUCGGUGCCCAUCAUCUGGACGAGUUUGUGAGGAUAUGGGCCGAGUAUGAUCCAUCUGCUUCGGGGAAACUGCAUUUCACCGAGAUGUUCGAUAUGUUGAAAAACAUGGCCCCACCGCUUGGUUUUGGGAACAAAUGUCCAAAUCGAUUAGCGUACAAGAAAUUGAUACGAAUGAACAUGCCGGUGGACGAGGAAGGAAGGGUGAGUUUCACGACAACGCUGUUUGCGUUGAUUCGAGAAAAUCUCAGUAUCAAGAUGCGACCUGCCGAAGAAAUGGAUCAGGCAGAUAGUGAACUGCGGCAAACUAUUAAACAAAUUUGGCCGAUUCAAGCGAAAAAAAUGAUCGACCUGUUGGUGCCCCCAAGAGACAUGCUGAACACAGGCAAGAUGACCGUCGGGAAACUGUACGCCGGAAUUCUGCUAUUGGAAACGUGGCGUAACAACAAGUGUAUCCAAUUAGAAUGCGACGCACCCGACCUGCAAGACCGGAAAAGUCACGAAAUUCAAGAAGCCUUCGCCGAGGAUGGACUUCUGCAUCCGCCGCAUGAUCAUCGUAAUGGCCACCGCCGUUCUCCGAGUAUACAGCGAGGCUCAGGGCUGGAACGAUCGCCUAGCCCGCGACAUCUACAUCACGAUAUUGGAUUUUCGGAGACAGUUUCCAACGUGGUGGAGAUUGCACGUAGGGAUCACCUUAUUGGUAGGCACCACUAUGGGCGCUAUAGAUUCGAUAGAGGUUCCUGGUCCGUAGCCACCAGUCCAGCACGGUCCCCUUCGCCGACACGACUGGAUACACAGAUCAGCGCGCACCAUCGGUACAAUCGAAGGAUACAUCCCUAUGGGACGACCAGCCUAUGCCAACGAUCCCGAUCGCCCAGUCCGGCACGACUGCAGGAGCUGAGAGAACGAGAGCGUGAGAGAUUCCGAGAAGAAGUUUUGACUCGCCCGUACAUCCAGCACACGUAUCCAGUAUUACAAUCACACAGAGAUUUCGGAAGAAGACUGCCACCAAGACCAAUUAAACCAACAACACUACAGUUAAAGUCAACUAAUAUUAACUUCCCGCGUUUAAAUACUAGUCCUACGCAUCAGAGUCUCCACCUAUCGCUAAAUACACACUCGCUGCCAUACGGUGUUCAUUCGCUGCCUAACUCACGGGGCGAAAUUUCACGCGAUCCCCGCAUCUACCAUCACACGGAAAGCGAACGAGAUCGGGAACGUGAACGGCUGCGGGAACGGGAACGGGACUAUGGUUCGCGAUACGUAUUCCGGGACACGGAACGAGAAUUGUUCGAAAUCGAGCGGGAACUGGAACGGGCACGGGACUCCGCUCGUGACACAGAGUAUGAGAGGGUCGAACCGCUCUCUUACGAACACUUAUACAAUUUGGGUCGCACCGGCGGUAGCACCUUUGGUUCAUCAACCCUAAACGGCUACAAACCCAAGGUGGGCAUGCAUUCAAUCUACUCCGAAUCGGACGAGGGCGAUUGGUGCUAG